UUAUCUCUAGGGUCUCCGCCCAGGAACGCACGCGCAUUGCCUUCUUCAGCCGCUAGUCUCGCGGUUUGAAUGGGGUGCCGAAAUCUGAAAGAGGAAUGUCAUGCUAUCUUGGUGCAGAAAAUGUUCCAGAUAGAGGGUCUGUAUAUGUUCGGGAGAAUGGUCAGCUCUUUACUAUAAAUCAAGAUUCAGGAAGAGGAAUCAACUGUACUCCAAAUUCAAGGCCUUCAAGAUUGUUCUCCAAAGAAUUCUCUGUUGAACUUUGUGUCAAUAAGGAAAAUGACAAUGGAAGGACAGAUCACUUUAUCUUUACUUACACAAAGGAGGGGAGUCUUCGUUAUUCUGCUAAAUCUCUCUUCAGCCUAGUCCUGAGUUAUAUUGCAGACAAUAUUAAUCAUGUUGAUUCAUUGAAUGGCUUUCCAGAACAGAUAGCAGAAAAACUUUUCUAUGCUGCAGAUGCUAGGCAGAAAUUCACAGAAUCAGAAACAGGGCUCUGUGCUUUGCAGACAUUCGCUAAUGCUUAUGGAUGCUUAGUGCUUCAGACACUGUGCUUGAGAAAUGGUUCUCUAAUUAUCUCUGAAAAACUUGAAGAAAUUAAAUCUUUCCAAGGUCUGACGUGUUUGGAUUUGUCCUCUUGUAAACUUGGGGAUGACCAUGAGCUGCUAGAGCAUAUCACCAAUGAAACAAUGUCUAGUCUAACUCAUCUUCUCCUGAAAGAUAACUGCUUAUCGGAUAUUGGGCUUCGCAAAAUGACAGCACGAGUUCGAGUGAUGAAAAGAGGCCUUGAAAAUCUCUCAGUAUUAGAUUUGUCUUAUAAUCCAGGAAUCACAAAUAAAGGAGUUAGGUAUCUGCGUCCUUUCAAGAAGUUGAACUAUUUGGAUCUCUCUGGGACUGGCCUCAGGGACACAAAAGAAGUCAUUGAUCAGAUCCAGACACUAAUAGGCCUAGUCCGUUCAGCUAUUCCUUUGAAAGUAUUUGAUCAUAGCAACUGCAAAACGGAGGGAUGGGCGGAGCAGGUUAUCUUGCAGUGGAAACAUGCAGUCCUAGAAGUAGUUAACCCAAAAGAAAACAUAAAAUCUAGACUAGCAGCUCAACAUUUCUAUGGAAAAAGACCCAGAGCACAAGGAUCUUCAGAAUCAGGAGAGAAGAAAAGAGAAAAUUAUGAGAACUUGCAAUUCUACAAGGAAAGAACAGAAAUAUCAGAUAUUGGUUUACUAGAAAGGGACAUGGAAAUGAUUGAAGAAUUACGAAAGAGAAAGAGAACUGCAGUUGAGCAUGAAGAACAAAGCCUUAAAUCAGAGCACUUUAGCUUUUCACAGGCAGAAUGGGACUUGCUAAAUUCUUACUGAACAAAGUAAACAUUUUAAACUAAUUGGCUGAAGUUCAGCUUUAUCUCCCUGGAAAGAAACUUAGAAAAUAAAUGGUGCAUUCUAUUUCUGCAGUUAAUGGAGUGGGAAGAAAUCAUCUUCUAAGUACUGUAAGAGAAUGUGAAAAAUUUGCUAUACUUCUCAGUCAUACAGUAAAUAUUUCAGAGGAGAAUACACCACUUUAAGAUGUUUAGGUAAAGAAGGUUUCACUGAGAAACUAUGCUGGAAAUAUCAACUAUGAUCCAUUUUUGCCUGUGGUGCUGAUUUUUGUUGAGCUUCUUAAUUCAUGCAAGUCAUUCUUGUGUGAUGUAAUCUUUUUGUAUGCUGUAUCUGAAGAAACAGGGUGAGACGUGACCAUAAGGAAUGAAAUAUAACACAAUAAACAUAAGGGCUGAAAAGUGUUAUUGUUGAACUCUUUAUGUAAAUUGUGAUGUUCAAAAAUAUAUAUUUGUACUUUUUGAAAAAAGAAUACAAUGGUGCUUGUGCAGUUUCCUUUAAUAGGCUCACCAAUUAAGUUUGACCUUUGUGCGUUAUAAACAAACUGAGG